GUGUACUUACUUACAAUUCUGGUAGUGAUGAUCCACAAAGCCGGAAGGAACAUCAAGUUUCUUAUUUCUUAUUUCGACACUAACCUGUUGUACUAGCAUUUGAAAUAUGCCGGUCUACCUGGAUUCAGCUCAAGUCAUAAAGAUAGCGAAUAUUGGAUUUGAUCAUUCAAUACAGCAUCUUAUGAUCUGGUGAUAUACCAUCUGUCCUACAUGGGAAAAACGACUGGACAACGUAUCUUAAUGUGUAUCUUCAAUCUUCUUUAUACAGGUUUACUAUAUUGAGACUCAAUUUCGCCAACAUCAAGGCUUCAUUCGUCAUAUGUUAGUGAUGUCUACGAACUGUCUUCAAAGAACUUAAAGAUAUUUGAGCUUAAACACUGGAUAUUUUCAGAAAUAAGGUCUGAAACACAGCUUCCAGAUUCGAUCACAAUCUUCUAAUAUCAUAUCAUUAGGACGAAGAUUUAUGAAUACAUCAUGUACAUGAACAGAAUUUGAGUCUUGGGAGGAAACGCAGUAAAAACAGCUAUGUCGGCAUCGGCUCCAGAAAGACCAGAAGUAAAUCUUGGUGAUUUUGGCAUUACCGAUAUAAACCCUGAUGAAGACGUCACUAUUAAGAACAUCGACUUGAGUGUCGUUUUGGAAGGUCCAGCCCCGCUGCGAUGGGGGAUAUGCGCCACGGGCCUGAUCGCGCACGACUUCGUCGCCAGUCUCGUCGGCCAUGAACGCCAGCACGAGGUCGUCGCCGUGGCGUCUCGGUCAGCGGAUCGGGCGAGGAAAUUCGCGGACGAGUUCAAGAUCGAGAAGGCCUACGGAAGCUACGAGGAGCUUGCGAAAGACCCCAGUGUUGACAUCGUUUACGUGGCAUCUAUUAACACCAAGCACCUUGAGCACUGUCUACUGUUCAUAGAGCACAAGAAACACGUGUUGUGUGAGAAGCCCAUAUCACUAACGGUCAGAGAUACACAGGAGAUCCUCAAAUCGGCAAAACAAAAUGGCGUCUUUUUUAUGGAGGGAAUGUGGACAGCUUUCUUUCCAGCCUGCGAGAAAAUCAGAGAAAUCAUUACAUCCGGGCAACUUGGUGACGUCAGAGCUCUGCUCGCAAACCACGGCCAGAAUAUAUCACAUGUAGAGCGCAUCUCAAGAAAGGAUUUAGGAGGAGGUGGUUUAUAUGAUCUUGGUGGAUACCUGAUAUACUGGGCUGCCAUGGUGUUUGGAAGGGCUCCCCUCUCAUUAUACACACAUGGAUUCCUCAACUCGGACGGCGUCGAUGAGACCUUCACGACCACCAUGCUCUAUCUAGGGGGCGCUAUAGCGACUUUGACGUGUAGUACCAAGGCUAACUACCAAAAUGACAUCACCAUAAUUGGAACAAAGGGUCGAAUAAGGAUUCCGAAUAAUAUGUGGCGUCCAUCAAGUUUCGAGUGGAUUAAUGAAGAAGAAGAGUCUACAUUCUUUGAGUUCACCCACCCAAUCUCAGACCAAUCGUAUCAUUUCGGCCAGGAAUGGUCUGCCAUGUACUUUGAGGCUGAAGCGGUCAGACAGGCGAUAGCUAGAGGUUUGAAGGAGCACCCCUUGAUGAGUUGGAAAUCUACCCAGCUGAUGGCCCGUCUUCUUGAACAUGCAAGAAGAGAUUUACGUAUGACGUGGAACGAUGACGACUGUUUGUGAAACCUGGUCCACAUGACUUUUUUAAAGCUAUCAUUCGAGGACCGGUUACACUUUUUGCUCCAAUAAUUAUGAAAGAUAUACCAGGGCGUCGCCUACGUUUAUUUUAUAGGGGAUGGGGUAUUAGCGAGUUAUACAGUCUUUCAAAAGUAACAAUUUUUUAUACAGAGCUUUGGCGUUUUUAAUUUAUUGUUUUGGGUUUUUUUCUAUGAAACAAGACCAAGAACAGUUUAAGCUAACUAAUUGCCUUUGGUAAUAAUUAUGAUUAUUCUGAGACAUAAAUAUAUAUUUAAAAAAUACCUAUUGUAAUAUUAUUGCAUAUUGAUAUCAGAUAUUUUUUUAAAGUAGUAUUAUUUAGAACGAGCGCCAUCUCUCGUUAGUUACCUCAAUUAUUUAGUUAUAUUACCUUUGAUAUAGAGAUAUAUAUCCAUUAACGGUUGAUCAGAUUUCAUCUUCACGAUAUUUGAUUCGUUUUCGACAAUAACCCAAAUAAUAUGAAGACUGAAGAGAGAUGACGCUAGACAAGUACCGCCAUGCGAACAGCAAAAAUUAUUUAUGAAUUUUUGUCCUAAUUUCUUUUGUUUUCAAAUCAGUAAAUUAACACAACUCUGUUGCAUUAUGUUUCAAUUAUUUCCAUUUACAUUAUUAAGCGCUGUUUGGGAGAUACUCUUUUAAAUAUCGGAAGGGAGGGUUUGAUUUGAUUUGAUUUUAGUUUAUUUCAGCAUUUUUCCAACAGAAAUUUUUAACAAACAUAAUGUACAACAUAAAAAAUAAUAGUGAUACAUUUCUUUUUACAAAAAUGUAUACAAAUAAUAAUUAAUUGGCAAAAAUGUAUAUAGAUAGUAUUAGUUUGCAAUAUUAUAAGUUGUAAAAAAAUGCUGGAGACCGCUACCAUAAGCAGUGCUUGACUAGGGUAGCGGCCUCAAACGUAAUAGCGAAAUAAACAAAAAAGAAAACGAAGUCAAAUACAAAUCGGGCAUUGAAUUAAAUAAAUUAUAAACAUAUAUUAUUAAUACGAUAUUUACAUGCAAGGACCUUAUAUGUAAUCGUCGAUCGCUCCCAUUAAAUUAUUGGUGGCAAAUCGACCCCCCCCCCCGAUAAUUUUGACAACUUGAAAACUUGCAAAUAUGCAAUGCAAAUUGGAAAACAGUAUAAAACCAUUAAUCUUCGCAUGAAAAUACUGUCAAACAUACAAAAAUUUCAAUUUUCCGGUGCGCAAAAUUCUGUAUUAUAAUUUUAUCCAGCGAAGAGCACCGAAAAAUCUUUGACAUGUUAAAAAGAAAACUUUGCCCCAAAUCCGAAACAUGCAUGGAUUGACGCCUCUGAUAUGGAUACUUCCAUUUCAGCACGAUAUUCGAUUCUAUGCAUUCUAUAAAUGCUUGUAUAAUUUAUUAAUUUCUAUACUGUCUUGUUUAAAAAGAAAUAAAAAUCUAGAAUAUAUAAUUACGUCUUUCAUUAAGCAAUUCAUUGUCUCUUGUGUUAAUGUGUUGCUUAAAACUAGCAAGUACACAAUUAAAAGAUAAGCCUCACCAUGCUCACAAUUUGUGGGAAUAUUAUUUCUCUGUUGCAGAACGCAAUCUGAUAAAUUAAUGGUAAAAAUUCUGUUUAAAGCAUGGUGAAUUUUUGUUUGGUAGAAUGUAGCGAGAUAGUGACUAAGCGACAAAUAAAUUGCUAUGUCAAUAUUCUUUGAUUAUUAUCUUCGGCAUAAGAAUGAUUCCAUGACGUUUGCCUCAGCGACAAUUAUUGAUCCGCUAUAAAUUCUACACACUAUAAUCGAGGGACUAUGAUUAUUUCAACCCUGGAUUUAACACUAGUAAUCCUAACCCUAACAUGAAACAUCCUUGUACAUGUAUUAACGCUAACUCUAACCCCAUUUCAGACGAAAUAAAGCCCGGAGCAUUUAUCGCAGGAGC